GCCACGGGCCCCAGAUGCAGCAGGCGGCUGUCAGCAGGAGGCUCCGCGGGCGUAGCCGGCCCAGCACUCUGGGCUGCGCGGGGCACCGCACCGCGCCUGCCUAGGGGAGGCCGGCUGAAGCCCCGCCUCGUGGCCCCUGAGCCACAUGGCCUUCCUGGGCCCCAGGACACCUGCCCCCAAGCCGUCGCCAGGCAGGAAGACAGUCAUGUGCUGGGUCAGCCCGUGGACACCCAAGAGCCCUCCUCCUGCCCGCAGAGGGACGGAGGCUAGCUUCAUGGCGGCCGAGGAGAUGCACUGGCCCGUCCCCAUGAAGGCCAUUGGUGCUCAGAACUUGCUGACCAUGCCUGGGGGUGUGGCCAAGGCUGGCUACCUGCACAAGAAGGGCGGCACCCAGCUGCAGCUGCUCAAGUGGCCCCUGCGCUUCGUCAUCAUCCACAAGCGCUGCAUCUACUACUUCAAGAGCAGCACGUCCGCCUCCCCGCAGGGCGCCUUCUCGCUGAGUGGCUACAACCGGGUGAUGCGGGCAGCUGAGGAGACGACGUCCAGCAACGUCUUCCCCUUCAAGAUCGUCCACAUCAGCAAGAAGCACCGCACGUGGUUCUUCUCUGCCUCCUCUGAGGACGAGCGCAAGAGCUGGAUGACCUUGCUGCGCAGGGAGAUUGGCCACUUCCAUGAGAAGAAGGAGCUGCCUCUGGAUGCCAGCGACUCCAGCUCGGACACAGACAGCUUCUACGGUGCCAUUGAGCGGCCCGUGGACAUCAGCCUCUCUCCGUACCCCACGGACAAUGAAGACUACGAGCACGACGAUGAGGACGACUCUUACAUGGAACCCGACUGCCCCGAGUCCGGGAAGCCCGAGGAUGCCCUGAUCCACCCACCGGCCUACCCCCCACCUCCGGUGCCCACGCCCAGGAAGCCCGUCUUCUCUGAUGUGCCCCGGGCCCUCUCCUUUUCCUCCAAGGGUCCAGGCCCUCUGCUGCCACCUGCACCCCCUAAGCGCAGCCUCCCCGAUGCCGGCCCGGCCCCCGAGGACUCCAGGAGGGAGCUGCUGGGCCCGAGGUGGCUCGAGCCCGGCCCCAGGGUGCCCGCCCCCUCCCGGAGGGUGAGUGAACCCCCACCGGGCGGCCUGCCCGCCGUGCCCAGCCGGAAGCCACCUUGCUUCCGCGAGGACGCCAGCUCCGGCCCGGAGCCGCGGGUCCCUGGCCACGGCGCCAGCUCUUCCUCUGGCUCUGCCAGCGCAGCUGCUGCCACCUCCAGGAACUGUGACAAGCUCAAGUCCUUCCACCUGUCCCCUCGGGGGCCACCCACACCUGAGCCCCCUCCCGUGCCGGCCAACAAGCCCAAGUUCUUGAAGGUGGCUGAAGUGGCCCCCCCAAGGGAGGCAGCCAAGCCCGGACUCUUCGCGCCCGCCGUGGCCCCCCGGCCUCCCGCACUGAAGCUGCCCACGCCCGAGGCCACAGCCCGGCCCGCGAUCCUGCCCAGGCCAGAAAAGCCGCCCCUCCCCCACCUCCAGAGAUCACCCCCCGACGGGCAGAGCUUCAGGAGCUUCUCCUUUGAAAAACCCCGGAAACCCGCGCAGGCUGACACGCCGCAGGCGGACGCUGGCGGGGAGGACUCUGAUGAGGACUACGAGAAGGUGCCACUGCCCAGCUCCGUUUUCAUCAACACCACGGAAUCUUGUGAAGUGGAAAGGCUGUUCAAAGCCACGAGCCCCCGGGGAGAGCCCCUGGACGGCCUCUACUGCAUCCGGAACUCCUCCACCAAGGCGGGGAAGGUUCUGGUCGUGUGGGACGAAACCUCCAGCAAAGUGAGGAACUACCGCAUCUUUGAGAAGGAGGCAAAGUUCUACCUGGAGGGCGAGGUCCUGUUUGUGAGCGUGGGCAGCCUGGUGGAGCAUUACCACACUCACGUGCUGCCUGGCCACCAGAGCCUGCUGCUGCGGCACCCCUACGGUUACGCCAGGCCCAGGUGACGCCUGUGCUUGCACGCUACUGGGCAGAGACGGCCACGGGGCCACAGCCCUGGGCCACGCAGAAGGAGACCGGCCUGCACGGGAGAACACGCGGGAGCCAGCACCGUGCUCUGACCCGGGGCCUCCCCGGUGGACACCUCACAGAGAUUGCCAGGCCAGGCCCCGCCCAGCAGGCUGGGUCCCCCGGGGCUCGGCCAGGCCCUGGGCUCCAGGGAAUUGUGUGGGCCUCUCCUGUCUCACCCCGCCCACCUCCCAGGAGCCUAGGACUGAGCCCAGUCUGGACUUGAUUUACAGAAAUUCUGGUACCCCCCGGCACGCCCCCCCGGCACUGGGCUGGGAGCUGGGCAGGGCUGAGGUAUUUGGGGUUGGGCAGGGGCUGGACCCCCAGGAACGCUACAACACAGGCUCCGAGAGGGGCCGGUGCCGCACAAUAAAGCACAGAUGACCUUU